UGAAUUUGUGCAUUUAAUGAAGACAAAAGAACACCUGCUUUCAGCUAAAUUACCUUUCAUUCAGCUAACAGCUACCCAUCCCAGGAGUCCAAUUCUCGCACGGCUCUCCAUCAGCGUAACAACCAUUCAAUUCUAGAUUAUGGUGGAUCACCUGAUUCACCUCCGUACUCUCUCUCUGUCUCUCACGAAAGUUCCAGCCCAGUCAUCACCACACCGUCAUAAAGUAGUGCAGCCGGUGGUGGUGUUGUUCAUAUUUUCUCUCUCUAAACUCUUAAGCAGCUUCUGCUACUGCUGUCUUUGUCGUGCAGAAUCAUCGCCUCGGCAAUCUCCACCGGCUCACUUACCGAAUUUCCAGAAAAGCGCCAUACCCAGAUUCUCUCUCUACCAACAGCUAUUUGUUUUAUCCCUGCGACUUGUCACCAUUUUAGCGCAUUCAGUACAGCAAUCAUCACCAAAUGGUGAAAUGCCCUUCACGAGAUUCGAUCUCUCUUGCCUGAAUAUUUACACACUGCAUCGACUCACCGAUUUUGAUCACUUUCUUCCGCAAAGGUUAAACAUCUACUAUGGGUAUGAACAUUCUGUUCAGUAGAAUCUCUGGUUUAUCAUUACCGACCACGCACUCUUUUGCUGGAGGCAACCUUUUGGGGUCGUUUCAAGGUUUGCCUAUAUUGGAACUAUCGUCAAUUUGCAUCAAUCUGACAUUGUUUCUUGUAUUCCUAUUCAUCGUAUCGGCAAGACAGAUAUUCCUGUGUGUUGGUCGAAUUCGAAUCAUUAAGGAUGAUUCAAAUGUAAAUCCAAUCCCAAUUCGGCACACAGUUGAUGGUGAAAUCCGGAGUAUCGAAAUUGGUUGGAGUUAUAAAGCUUCGGUAUACUGUUGUUUCUACGUGUUGUUUCUUCAAGUAUUGGGUUUAGGGUUUGAUGGUGUUGAUUCGAUUAGAAGGGCUGCACAUGGAGAAGGUACAUAUUGGACCUCUCUGUUGUUGCCUGCAGCUCAGGGUUUAGCUUGGUUUGUGUUGAGCUUUUCAACUCUUCACUGUAAAUUCAAGGUCUCUGAGAAAUUCCCAUUAUUGUUGAGGGUAUGGUGGGUUGUAUCAUUCGGCAUUUGCUUGUGUACUUUGUAUGCCGAUGGGAGAGGAUUUCUAGUCGAAGGUUCAAAACACUUGAAUUCUCAUGUUGUGGCGAAUAUUGCUGCAAGCCCUGCUCUUGCCUUCCUCUGUUUCGUAGCAAUUAGGGGUGUUACUGGUAUACAAAUAUGGAGAAACUCGGAUCUUCAAGAGCCAUUGCUGCCUGAAGAAGAAGCAGGGUGUCUUAAGGUUACUCCUUAUAGUGAAGCAGGGUUCUUUAGUUUGGCUACGCUUUCAUGGUUGAAUCCACUUCUUUCAAUUGGUGCAAAGAGACCACUUGAGCUAAGGGACAUUCCACUUCUUGCACCAAAAGAUCGUUCCAAGACCAAUUAUAAAAUUCUUAACUCAAAUUGGGAAAAGUUGAAGGCUGAAAAUCCUUCGAAGCAGCCUUCUUUAGCUUGGGCUAUUCUCAAGUCUUUCUGGAAGGAGGCAGCCUGUAAUGCCAUUUUUGCAGGCUUGAAUACUCUUGUUUCAUAUGUGGGUCCGUACAUGAUUAGCUACUUUGUAGAUUACUUAGGGGGGAUUGAGGCUUUCCCACAUGAGGGGUAUAUUCUUGCUGGAACAUUCUUCUCAGCCAAGUUAGUUGAAACCUUGACAACCCGUCAGUGGUAUCUUGGGGUCGACAUUCUGGGCAUGCAUGUGAGAUCAGCUCUUACGGCAAUGGUAUACCGAAAGGGACUCAGGCUCUCGAGCUCGGCCAAGCAAAGUCACACCAGUGGAGAGAUUGUUAAUUAUAUGGCAGUGGAUGUUCAAAGAGUGGGGGAUUACUCUUGGUAUCUCCAUGACAUGUGGAUGCUACCUCUGCAGAUCAUUCUUGCGCUAGCUAUUUUGUAUAAGAAUGUUGGGAUUGCUUCUGUUGCAACAUUGAUUGCCACCAUUAUCUCCAUCAUUGCAACUGUCCCACUGGCGAGGAUUCAGGAAGAUUAUCAAGACAAGUUAAUGACUGCCAAGGAUGAUAGGAUGAGAAAGACUUCUGAAUGUCUUAGGAACAUGAGGAUUCUCAAGUUGCAAGCUUGGGAGGAUAGAUACCGCGUGAAGCUGGAGGAAAUGCGGAGCGUGGAAUUCAAGUGGCUAAGGAAAGCUCUAUACUCUCAGGCUUUUAUUACAUUCAUCUUUUGGAGCUCCCCUAUAUUCGUUUCAGCAGUCACUUUCGGCACUUCCAUAUUGUUGGGUAAUCAGCUUACAGCAGGAGGUGUUCUUUCUGCUCUGGCCACUUUCAGGAUCCUCCAAGAACCACUUAGAAAUUUCCCCGACUUGGUGUCAAUGAUGGCUCAGACAAAAGUAUCUCUUGAUCGAAUUUCUGGGUUUCUGCAGGACGAAGAGUUGCAGGGAGAUGCAACAAUUGUUAUACCUCCAGGCGACACAAAUGUGGCAAUAGAAAUUAAAGACGGUGAGUUCUGUUGGGACUCUUCUUCUCCAAGGCUAACAUUAUCGGGUAUACAGAUGAGGGUGGAAAGGGGGAUGCAUGUGGCUGUUUGUGGCAUGGUUGGUUCUGGGAAAUCAAGCUUUCUGUCUUGCAUCCUUGGUGAGAUUCCAAAAGUCUCUGGAGAAGUUAGAAUAUGUGGUUCUGCUGCUUAUGUCUCUCAGUCAGCUUGGAUACAAUCAGGAAAUAUAGAAGAGAAUAUUCUUUUCGGUAGCCCAAUGGAUAAGGCAAGGUACAAAAAUGCUAUCCAUGCUUGUUCUCUGAAGAAGGAUUUGCAGCUUCUCUCACACGGAGAUCAGACCAUCAUUGGUGAUAGAGGCAUAAAUCUUAGUGGUGGCCAGAAACAACGCGUGCAGCUUGCCAGGGCACUCUAUCAAGAUGCAGACAUUUAUUUACUUGAUGAUCCCUUUAGUGCUGUUGAUGCACACACUGGGUCAGAAUUAUUUAAGGAAUACAUACAGACCGCACUAGCUAGGAAGACUGUAAUUUUUGUAACCCAUCAAGUUGAAUUUCUUCCAGAUGCUGAUAUGAUACUGGUUCUUAAGGAAGGCCGUAUCAUUCAGGCUGGGAAAUAUGACAAUCUUUUGCAAGCAGGAACCGAUUUCAAAACUUUGGUUUCAGCUCACCAUGAAGCAAUUGAAGCUAUGGAUAUUCCGAAUCACUCAUCUGAAGAUUCAGAUGAAAGUCAUCCUCUCGAUGGAUCUGUUCUAAUGAGUAAAAAAUGUGAUUCUAUUGGAGAUAAUAUUGACAGUUUGGCAAAGGAAGUGCAAGAGGGUGUAUCAGCUGCAGACCAGAAGGCAAUUAAAGAAAAAAAGAAAGCUAAACGGUCAAGGAAAAAACAACUUGUUCAGGAAGAGGAAAGAGAGAGGGGCAAAGUUAGCAUGAAAGUGUACCUGUCAUAUAUGGCUGCAGCAUAUAAAGGCUUAUUGAUUCCGCUCAUUAUUCUUGCACAAACAUUAUUUCAGGUGCUUCAAAUAGCUAGCAAUUGGUGGAUGGCUUGGGCCAAUCCACAAACCCAAGGGGACCAACCUAGAACAAAUAGUAUGGUCCUUCUUGUUGUUUAUAUGGCCCUUGCUUUCGGGAGCUCUUGGUUUAUAUUUGUUAGGGCUGUUCUGGUGGCUACAUUUGGCCUAGCAGCUGCACAAAAAUUGUUUCUGAAGAUGCUUACAACCAUAUUUCGAGCACCGAUGUCUUUCUUUGACUCCACUCCAGCUGGGCGGAUCUUGAAUCGCGUGUCUAUUGAUCAAAGUGUAGUUGAUCUUGAUAUUCCUUUUAGACUUGGUGGAUUUGCUUCAACAACAAUCCAGCUUCUUGGUAUAGUUGGUGUAAUGACAAAAGUUACCUGGCAAGUCUUGCUUCUUGUUGUUCCUAUGGCCAUUGCUUGCUUGUGGAUGCAGAAAUACUACAUGUCUUCAUCAAGGGAACUGGUCCGCAUUGUUAGCAUCCAGAAAUCUCCAAUCAUCCAUCUUUUUGGUGAGUCUAUUGCUGGAGCAGCCACGAUUAGAGGAUUUGGACAAGAAAAGCGGUUCAUGAAGAGAAACCUCUAUCUUCUUGAUUGCUUUGCCCGCCCAUUCUUCUGCAGUCUUGCAGCUAUUGAAUGGCUCUGCCUACGCAUGGAGUUACUCUCAACCUUCGUAUUUGCUUUCUGCAUGAUUUUACUCGUAAGCUUCCCCCAUGGAAGUAUUGAUCCGAGUAUGGCUGGCCUUGCUGUGACAUAUGGCCUUAAUUUGAAUGCACGCCUAUCACGUUGGAUACUUAGCUUUUGCAAGCUUGAAAAUAAAAUUAUUUCCAUAGAGAGGAUUCAUCAGUACUGCGAAAUCCCAAGUGAAGCUCCACCUAUCAUUGAGGAUUCUCGCCCCCCAUCCUCGUGGCCAGAAAAUGGAACAAUUGAACUGAUUGAUUUAAAGGUUCGUUACAAGGAGAAUCUUCCUGUAGUGCUUCAUGGUGUAACAUGCCAAUUUCCUGGCGGGAAGAAGAUUGGAAUAGUAGGGCGUACAGGAAGUGGUAAAUCUACUUUGAUCCAGGCACUCUUCCGAUUGAUUGAACCUGAAGGUGGCAGGAUUAUUAUUGACAACAUUGAUAUUUCAACAAUUGGUCUUCAUGACCUACGUAGCCGUCUGAGUAUCAUACCCCAAGAUCCAACUCUUUUUGAAGGGACCAUUAGGGGCAACCUUGAUCCCCUCGGAGAGCAUUCAGAUCAAGACAUUUGGCAGGCGCUUGAUAAAUCUCAACUUGGACAGAUAAUUCAACAAAAGGAGCAAAAGCUUGACGCACCAGUUCUGGAGAAUGGAGAUAAUUGGAGUGUGGGGCAGCGGCAACUUGUUUCCCUGGGCCGGGCUUUACUCAAGCAGGCAAGAAUUCUGGUGCUUGAUGAAGCAACAGCCUCAGUUGAUUCAGCCACUGAUAAUCUUAUCCAGAAGAUUAUCCGAACAGAGUUUAAAGACUGCACUGUUUGCACUAUUGCUCAUCGUAUACCAACUGUAAUUGACAGCGAUCUAGUUCUAGUCCUCAGUGAUGGUCGAGUCACAGAGUUUGAUACCCCGGCACGACUAUUAGAGGAUAAGUCUUCCAUGUUUCUCAAGUUGGUGUCAGAGUACUCGUCGAGGUGAAGUGGCAUACCAGAUUUUAAAAUUAGAUGGCAUGCCUGGUAAACCUUUGAUGUAAAAACAAGAACAACAGAGGACCUUCCUGGAAAGCAAACCGGUUGAUGCUGCUGCCUUUCUUCCUGCAUUUCUUAAAAUUCAAAAGACUAAUGGGAGUGGAAGAGGUAUGUGCAUCCUAUCAAAUCAAAAGGCCUCUAAAAGGUGUAUAGUUUCAGUUUCAAGUGAUUAUGAGAAUUUUUUCCCAGUUGAGAGCAACGGGGGAAUUCGUGCUUGGCUGUCAUAUUCCCUGACAUAUAAAUAAGAUGGGCCAGCAGAGAUCGAUAAUAAUUACACAAAUAAGAAAUGGGGCGGCGAAUUGUAUCUGAAGAUGUGCAAUAAAGUAGGUUUUUGCAUUGAAGCAAUUUGUAAUUUUGUUAGGAUGUUUUUUAGACAGGCCGUGUUUAUGUCACUGUUUUCACCGGCAGAAUUUUGUUCGGUACAUUAGUGAAUUUACUUCAAACCAAGCAGGUCUUUCUUUUAUGCCGAUUUCACUGAUCUCUGAGUUGCUUUUGCAGUGUAAAAGGUAACAUGGUGAUUCCACAACAAUCUGUGAUGGACUCAGUAUAGAGAGAAUUUACUGGUUAUGAUAAUCAAAAAAAAACUUUUCUUUUAA